CUUCACCCCGCUCCAUCGCCUUUUCAUCGCGCGAAACGGACGAGAACUUUGCAACUGGCAUGACCCAUGUAAUAUGCCGAGAUAACGUUUCACCUCCGGGCCAGCGCAUGCGUCGUAAACGAUCCUGACUGGACACAAAUUGAGUCACCAAGUCCACCAGGAUCGGACAACUUCAGUCGCUCCGAGUCCAGUUUGGUUACUGACCACACAUUUUCCGACAGUUGCAGUCCGUGUGGGAUAGCAAGUCAUCCUUACGAACUACCGGUUAAAAUAACCUGUGUAUUGGUGGCUUUAAAUAACAGGUGUAAGAGCCAUCCGAAGUUCAUCCAUCUUCUCACUCAUACUUAUUAUCAUUCUCAAAAUCCUCCAAACAGACAAUGUCUCUCCCCGAGAACACGACCGUGCUUAUUGUUGGUGCAGGCCCCGCAGGUCUCACAGCUGCUCUUUCUCUCGUCCACCACAGGUGCCAUGACUUCGUUAUCGUGGAUGCCGUUGGUGAAGGACUGAAUGCAUCGAGGGCGAUCACCAUACACUCUGCAACCGUCGAGGCUUUAGCCAGUAUUGAUGCGGCAGAUGGCUUACUGUCCCGUGCCAUCAAGGGAAAGAGCAUCAGAAUCACAUCCCGUAGUUCGGAGAUCUUUGACGCCAAAUUUGAACCUCUGAAGAAGCAUUCCGCCCACCCUUACGCGCUAUAUAUCCCUCAAAAUGUCACCGAGCUUGUACUUGGGCAGAAGUUGCAGAGCCUUGGUGUUCAAGUGCAGCGUCCACACAGGGUAGUAGGAAUAAAACAGAAUGAAAAGGACUCUCGCAUCACUGAUGUGUCCUUUGAGGACGGUCAAGUUAUCAGCGCUAGAUAUAUUAUCGGCGCAGAUGGCGCCCGCUCAAUCAUCCGUACCGUCGCUGGUAUUGGGUUCUCUGACCCAGAAGGCCCACACCUAACCAAUAACGUAUUGGCUCAGAUGGUCUCUGCAGAUGUCACGUUCGAGCCUGAACCUGUCGGUCCAUUCACCCUCGAGGGCCACCUCAACGCCACAGUUUUUUCAGGCAAUAACUUUUUUUUUCUUGCACCGUUUGGCAACCACUUCAACACCGAACUGACACGAGAUGGAAAGCCCACUACGAAAUCUAUCUUUCGUGUAGGUUGUGCCAUACCUGCAAAGAACGGAGAGCCCCCCCAUGCUCCACCAAAAGAGUACAUCCAGAACUUAAUCGACACAUACGGGCCAGCAUGUAUAUCAUCAGAUCCGUCUCUUAACCCGAAACCUGUCAAAGUCGACCAGCUGGUCUGGUCGACACGUUUCAGAACCCAUUCCGCCAUCGCAGACCGUACCUUCACGCGUCUCGGAGCCGCCAUUUUUCUAGUCGGCGACGCAGCCCAUAUACAUUCACCUGCGGGCGGGCAGGGCAUGAACCUGGCCAUCAGGGACGCGAUAUUCCUUGCAGAGGCUGUCACGAAGCACAUUCAAGCAUCUGCAGAGAAUCCCGAUGUGGAUGAUACCAUUUUGCAGGAAUUUGCGGAUGCGCGUCAUGCACGAGCGCUAGAAAUCAUCGGAUUUACCAAGACGCUUUUGAGACUCGCAAGUCUUACGUAUGAUUCAUACGCUUGGUGGAUGCCGCUCAGUUGGGCAUCCAUCCGCGAUUUAGUGCUAAGGAUAUUGGGCAGAUAUGAUUUCGUGCAGUCGAAGGUUGCAUGGGGUCUGAGUGGACUUGGGAGACGGUAAUCGUAGAUUUUUGGAUGGCUUGGUUACCGUGUUUUGUAUACCAUAAUUCACGACAUUCGUAUUUCUGUUUUCAAAGAUAGGAUAGAUGUAAAAGUAUCAAAUAUUCCAGAGUGGUGUAUGUUACUGGCUGCAGUCAUUGAACGGACUUGAAUGUGCUCUUGAUCAAUGGGAGGGAGGGAGGUGCCAGGCUACAGGCUG